AUGUCUUCCACCUCCAUCCAAGAAGAGAAUCGACACCCAGAUUACGACCCUGGGAAAUAUUACCCGGCUCGCCUGGGAGAAACCAUAUCCAAGCAAUACCGCCUCGUCUCCAAGCUGGGCUGGGGUGCCAAUUCCACAGUCUGGCUGGCCAAGGACAUCACCCGCUGGGUCUGGCAGCCAACCCGAUAUGUAACCCUGAAGAUCACAAACUGCGGCAUUGACGAGCAACGAUCCGCUCGGGAAGAGGUCGAGAUAUCGCAGCGCAUAUCGAAGAUCCGAUCGAACCACGAGGGCAGAAGAUACGUCCGGCUUGUGCGUGAAUCGUUCAGUAUCCCAGGCGCCUCGGGAGACCACCUAUGCUUGGUAUUUGAGCCGCUCAGGGAACCUCUCUGGGUGCUGGGGAAACACCUCGGAAGCAACGGGGUGCCGCCUGCUGUCUUGAAGCCGUUCCUCAAACUAUUGCUGCAAGGCCUGGAUUUCCUCCAUUCCGAGUGCCACAUCAUACACACAGAUCUGAAGGCAGAUAACUUCCUCGUGGGAUUCGAAGAGCCCGGCGUCCUCGCACGCUACGCUCGCCAGCAGGAAGACAGCCCUGCGCCGGUUUCCGACCAUGGCGGGCGCCCUGUCUUCCAGUCCCGUCCGGAUUUUGGGCCAUUGAGGAAAGGCGUCGGUCUCGUACAGAUCAGCGACUUCAGCGCCGCAGUUUUCGGCGACGUUCCCGAGCCCCAUAACCACGACAUCCAACCCCAGCCCUUUUGUGCACCCGAGGUGCUACUCAAGGCGACGUGGUCCUACAGUGCGGAUAUAUGGAAUCUGGGCAUCAUGCCGGGAAACAGCACGUACUCGCGAGCUAAACACAUAGCCCAGAUGGUACGGCUGCUUGGGCCGCCUCCACUGCAGCUUCUGGAAAGGGCAGACCAAGGUAUCCGCGGAAAGCUGUUUACAAAUCAUGGAGAAUUCAGGUUCCCCAGUCUAGUCCCGCCCGAGGACUUCAAUCUCGCCAGCCUCACGCCAUUUCUCGACGGAGAAGACAAGCGGCUUUUCCUCGGGUUUGUCGGCAAAAUGCUGCGCUGGGAGCCGGGAGAGCGGGCAACGGCCGCGCAGCUGUACAACGACCCCUGGCUGGACUUCAGGGCUUGA